GUCUCCCUCUGGAUUGAAAUGGCUUCUCAGCCCGAGAGGCACUGCCUGUGCCCUGGAUUCACAAGGUACACGCCUCCCUGGGAAGCAAAGGCUGAGAGACAGCGGCUCUCUCUCUCUCUCUUUCUGCAUCUGCCGGGAGAGCUGCAGCUGGUAUUUUUCCACAGGCCUUUGCUGCGAUCUCAAGGCCUAGUUUUUCCCAGCCAGGCCCCGAGUCUGAGAGAGGGUUAACAGGCAGGAAGCUGAAGGCAUCGCAGGCUAAUACGGAAGUCAGAUUUGUGUUUAACUGACAGGUUUAGCAGGCCUCGGCCGUGGGGGAGGGGCCGGGAAAGAAGGGAAGUUUGUAGGUCCAGGCAUGUGGCCUGCGAGGAGGGCUUUGGGUUUUUCUUAGGAUAAGGACCGAGAGGGGUCCCCCUUGGCAUCGUGGCCGGGCGACAGGAACCCACGUUGAUUUUGCCUGCAGGACUGGCUAAGCAGGGCGCGAGAGGCCCACGGCUCUCUGGCCUGCCUUGCAAGGAGGCAUGGGGACAAUGACUAUGCAAACUUGACCACUCUGCUCCCCUCCUCCCCUCAGCAGCUACUCCUCGCUCCUCUGAGAAGCCAGGGCUGCUCUCUGCUGAUUUUUCGGGGCUCCCCCGGGCUGCCUGCUUCCCCCAGCUUCUCAGAGGCCUGUCUCAAGCCCCUUUUUCUGGCCCCUUGGCUGUUUCCCCGGGACUCCCCACUCCCCAGCUUCCCCUUCCCCUUGGAGAGCCACCCUGCUGGACUGUUCUAGAAAAAGGCUGGCCUUCCUUCCUGGACAAGGGCCGUUUCUCUGGGGGCAGGUGAGGGUGAGCCGUUCCAGCCCACUCCAAGAAACUCCCUUCCCAGGGACCUCCGGGCCUCAGGCUUUCCUGGAGCAGGUCAGGCUGGCUGCCCUGCCUGGCCCGUGCCGGGAAAUCUAGCCAGGGUGCAGGAGAAGUGCGUGUGGGGGCCCCUUUCCCAAGUUUUUCUUGCUGCAAAAGGCCUAGCUUAGCCUGUCUUUUUCUAUGCACUGGAUGGCUCUUGCUCACCCGAGCCUCACAAAGAUAAUCGCUCAGGAAGUGUUUCAGCCAAUCCGGGGUGGCUUUACACUCCGAUUUGCCGGGGCAGCCAAUCGGGGAUGAGCUUUUAUUAGGCGGCCAGAUCAUCAGCCGAAGUGCCAAACCCUUUUUCUGUGAGAACUAGGAGCCUGUCCUCCAUGUUUUAUAAGUAUUGACAUUACACAGUGUUAACAAUGCAUCCACAGAGCUUGGCUGAAGAGGAAAUAAAAACAGAACAGGAGGUGGUAGAGGGCAUGGAUAUCUCUACUCGCUCCAAAGAUCCUGGCUCUGCAGAGAGAACAGCCCAGAAAAGAAAGUUCCCCAGCCCUCCACAUUCUUCCAAUGGCCACUCGCCGCAGGACACAUCAACAAGCCCCAUUAAAAAGAAAAAGAAACCUGGCUUACUGAACAGUAACAAUAAGGAGCAGUCAGAACUAAGACAUGGUCCGUUUUACUAUAUGAAGCAGCCACUCACCACAGACCCUGUUGAUGUUGUACCGCAGGAUGGACGGAAUGAUUUCUACUGCUGGGUUUGUCACCGGGAAGGCCAAGUCCUUUGCUGUGAGCUCUGUCCCCGGGUUUAUCACGCUAAGUGUCUGAGACUGACAUCGGAACCAGAGGGGGACUGGUUUUGUCCUGAAUGUGAGAAAAUUACAGUAGCAGAAUGCAUCGAGACCCAGAGUAAAGCCAUGACAAUGCUCACCAUUGAACAGUUAUCCUACCUGCUCAAGUUUGCCAUUCAGAAAAUGAAACAGCCAGGGACAGAUGCAUUCCAGAAGCCCGUUCCAUUGGAACAGCACCCUGACUAUGCGGAAUACAUCUUCCAUCCAAUGGACCUUUGUACAUUGGAAAAGAACGCGAAAAAGAAAAUGUAUGGCUGCACAGAAGCCUUCCUGGCUGAUGCAAAGUGGAUUUUGCACAACUGCAUCAUUUAUAAUGGGGGAAAUCACAAAUUGACGCAAAUAGCGAAAGUAGUCAUCAAAAUCUGUGAACAUGAGAUGAAUGAAAUCGAAGUGUGUCCAGAAUGUUAUCUAGCUGCUUGCCAAAAACGAGAUAACUGGUUUUGUGAACCUUGUAGCAAUCCACAUCCUUUGGUCUGGGCCAAACUGAAGGGGUUUCCAUUCUGGCCUGCAAAAGCUCUGAGGGAUAAAGACGGGCAGGUCGAUGCCCGAUUCUUUGGACAACAUGACAGGGCCUGGGUUCCAAUAAAUAAUUGCUACCUCAUGUCUAAAGAAAUUCCUUUUUCUGUGAAAAAGACUAAGAGCAUCUUCAACAGUGCCAUGCAAGAGAUGGAGGUUUACGUGGAGAACAUCCGCAGGAAGUUUGGGGUUUUUAAUUACUCUCCAUUUAGGACACCCUACACACCCAACAGCCAGUACCAAAUGCUGCUCGAUCCCACCAACCCCAGCGCCGGCACUGCCAAGAUAGACAAGCAGGAGAAGGUCAAGCUCAACUUUGACAUGACGGCGUCCCCCAAGAUCCUGAUGAGCAAGCCCGUGCUGAGUGGGGGCACAGGCCGCCGGAUUUCCUUGUCGGAUAUGCCGCGCUCCCCCAUGAGCACAAACUCUUCUGUGCACACAGGCUCCGACGUGGAGCAGGAUGCCGAGAAGAAGGCCACGUCGAGCCACUUCAGCGCGAGCGAGGAGUCCAUGGACUUCCUGGAUAAGAGCACAGCUUCACCAGCCUCCACCAAGACGGGACAAGCAGGGAGUUUAUCUGGCAGCCCAAAGCCCUUCUCUCCUCAACUGUCAACUCCUAUCACGACGAAAACGGACAAAACCUCCACCACCGGCAGCAUCCUGAAUCUUAACCUGGAUCGAAGCAAAGCUGAGAUGGAUUUGAAGGAGCUGAGCGAGUCGGUCCAGCAACAGUCCACCCCUGUUCCUCUCAUCUCUCCCAAGCGCCAGAUUCGUAGCAGGUUCCAGCUGAAUCUUGACAAGACCAUAGAGAGUUGCAAAGCACAAUUAGGCAUAAAUGAAAUCUCGGAAGAUGUCUAUACGGCCGUAGAGCACAGCGAUUCGGAGGAUUCUGAGAAGUCAGAUAGUAGCGAUAGUGAGUAUAUCAGUGAUGAUGAGCAGAAGUCUAAGAACGAGCCAGAAGACACAGAGGACAAAGAGGGUUGUCGGAUGGACAAAGAGCCAUCUGCUGUUAAAAAAAAGCCCAAGCCUACAAACCCAGUGGAGAUUAAAGAGGAGCUGAAAAGCACAUCACCAGCCAGCGAGAAGGCAGACCCUGGAGCAGUCAAGGACAAGGCCAGCCCUGAGCCUGAGAAGGACUUUUCCGAAAAGGCAAAACCUUCACCUCACCCCACAAAGGAUAAACUGAAGGGAAAAGAUGAGACGGAUUCCCCAACAGUCCAUUUGGGCCUGGACUCUGAUUCAGAGAGCGAACUUGUCAUAGAUUUAGGAGAAGACCAUUCUGGGCGGGAGGGUCGAAAAAAUAAGAAGGAACCCAAAGAACCGUCUCCCAAACAGGAUGUUGUAGGUAAAACUCCACCAUCCACGACGGCGGGCAGCCAUUCUCCCCCGGAAACGCCGGUGCUCACCCGCUCUUCCGCCCAAACUUCCGCGGCUGGCGCCACAGCCACCACCAGCACGUCCUCCACGGUCACCGUCACGGCCCCGGCCCCCGCCGCCACAGGAAGCCCGGUGAAAAAGCAGAGGCCGCUUUUACCGAAGGAGACUGCCCCGGCCGUGCAGCGGGUCGUGUGGAACUCAUCAAGUAAGUUUCAAACGUCCUCCCAAAAGUGGCACAUGCAGAAGAUGCAGCGUCAGCAGCAGCAGCAGCAGCAGCAAAACCAGCAGCAGCAGCCUCAGUCUUCCCAGGGGACGAGAUAUCAGACCAGACAGGCUGUGAAAGCUGUCCAGCAGAAGGAGAUCACACAGAGCCCAUCCACGUCCACCAUCACCCUGGUGACCAGCACACAGUCAUCGCCCCUGGUCACCAGCUCGGGGUCCAUGAGCACCCUUGUGUCCUCAGUCAACGCUGACCUGCCCAUCGCCACUGCCUCAGCUGAUGUCGCCGCUGAUAUUGCCAAGUACACUAGCAAAAUGAUGGAUGCAAUAAAAGGAACAAUGACAGAAAUAUACAACGAUCUUUCUAAAAACACUACUGGAAGCACAAUAGCUGAGAUUCGCAGGCUGAGGAUCGAGAUAGAGAAGCUCCAGUGGCUGCACCAGCAAGAGCUCUCUGAAAUGAAACACAACUUGGAGCUGACCAUGGCGGAGAUGCGGCAGAGCCUGGAGCAGGAGCGGGACCGGCUCAUCGCUGAGGUGAAGAAGCAGCUGGAGCUGGAGAAGCAGCAGGCGGUGGAUGAGACCAAGAAGAAGCAGUGGUGCGCCAACUGCAAGAAGGAGGCCAUCUUUUACUGCUGUUGGAACACCAGCUACUGUGACUACCCCUGCCAGCAAGCCCAUUGGCCUGAGCACAUGAAGUCCUGCACCCAGUCAGCUACUGCUCCUCAGCAGGAAGCGGAUGCUGAGGUGAACACAGAAACACUAAAUAAGUCGUCCCAGGGGAGCUCCUCGAGCACACAGUCAGCACCUUCAGAAACGGCCAGUGCCUCCAAAGAGAAGGAAACGUCAGCUGAGAAAAGCAAGGACAGUGGCUCGACCCUUGACCUUUCUGGCUCCAGAGAGACGCCCUCCUCCAUUCUCUUAGGCUCCAACCAAGGCUCUGUUAGCAAAAGGUGUGACAAGCAACCUGCCUAUGCCCCAACCACCACAGACCACCAGCCGCACCCCAACUACCCCGCCCAGAAGUACCAUUCCCGGAGUAAUAAAUCCAGUUGGAGCAGCAGCGAUGAGAAGAGGGGAUCGACACGUUCCGAGCACAACACCAGUACCAGCACGAAGAGCCUCCUCCCAAAAGAGUCUCGGCUGGACACCUUCUGGGACUAGCAGUGAAUCGGGACACAAACCACCCACCCCAUUGGGAGAAAAACCCACACGCCAGGAAAAGAAGAAACAACAAAGGCAAGAGAACAGCCACUUUCAGACUUGAGAAUGACAAAACCCUCAGUUGAGCCUGAGCCCCCGGCGCGGGGGCUGCUACACUACAGGACACCCGGCAUCGGCUUUGACUGCAGACUGUUCACCCACACGAGCCCUGUGCUUUUGGUGUAAAUAAUGUACAAUUUGUGGAUGUCAUUGAAUCUAGAGGACCUUCCCCUUUUUAUAUUUGUAUUAACUUAUAAAAAAAAAAAAAGAAAAAGAAAAGCAAUUAAAAAAAAAACAAAAACAACCAACCCCAACAACAAAAAGAAUGUUUUGGUAUUGGAGAAGGGAUGGUCAGUUAGCCUGUCUGUCACACGAUGGAAUGGAUACUGGGCCCGGGGACCCCUUUCAUACUCACGUCCUCAUCCUUGGAUACCCAGGGGAGGGUGAACCGUUUUCACUUGUGUGUCUGUACACAGCAUGUUGGGAUCGGGAGUUUCGGCACAGACUCUAUCCCAUCAAGCCGUUGGCUCCUUUCAGCUACUACGUUACCACGUUCCUAAAAUGCAAGCUCUCCGGACCAGACGGACACAGGGAGAAGCUAGUUUAUUUCAUGUGAUUGAAAUGAUGACUCUACUCCUAAAAGGGAAAAAACAAUAUUCUUGUUUACAGAAGAGAAACAGAAACAAGCCCCACUCAGCUCAGUCACAGGAGAGAACAUAGAAAGUCUUAGGAUCAUGAACUCCUUAAAAAGAGAAAUCAUAUCUUUGCUUUGUGGUUCCUUUAAACACACUCACACACACUUGGUCAGAGAUGCUGUGCUUCUUGGAAGCAAGGACUCAAAGGCAAGGUGCACGCAGAGGACAUUUGAGUCUGGGAUGAAGCAUGUACGUAUUAUUUAUAUGAUGGAAUUUCACGUUUUUAUGUAAGCAUGAAACACAGGCAGUAUGAGAGAAAGCAAGGCCCAUCAUGCUGUCCGUACACUACGUAUGCUGUAGAGCCAUUUUGUAUGUUGUGUAAAACAAAAAGCAUUGACGAAAAAGCAAAAGGUGAUGUAUGUAUAUGAGAAAAUUAAUUGUACGAUAUCAUUCCAGUACGUUUUGUUGUACAUUUUAGUCUUGUUUACUUAAUCUUCAUUGUUGAUAAGAGGAUGCGAACUGUACAGUUUCCAGCUAGUUACCCAUAUUAGAGAAGAAAUAAGAAGACAGUAUUAGAAGAAAACAGGAGAGAAAGAACAUUUGUGAAUUGCAGUUGUCAAAAAAAAAAAAAAAUAGCCUAGCUGGCCUUAUUUGUGAAGCAUAAUUGCUUUUAGCAUAUGGAAGUAUUUUUUCACAUUUUCUUUGUAUAAAAUUUGUAUUAAACUUAAAUAUCUUUUUGA